CAUUUAAUUAUUGGAUUUUCACAAAGAUUCCUUUCCCAACAUUAUUGAUCCCAAGAAUCAUGUCAAUAAAGAAACACUACUCAUUUGUACUAGUAUUUGUUAGUACUACAACAUAAACAAACCAUCUGAGGGGCGCUUUUGGAAUAUUGCUUUGCAUAUGCAAGUUGAAUUUGCAUAUUAGUAUUAUGAAUAUACUCUUACAUCUCAUACCAGUAUUCCAUAAUUAUGGGAUGGACCUACAUAUACUUGCUCACUGACUUCAUAAUUAAAUGCAUUUAAUCACUGAAAACGUUUUCCAUAAAGAUUGCUGCCACUGCCAUUCUUCACCUUGUGGUAGCUGUGUGUGAGAGGGAGAGAGAGAGUUGCCGAUGGCAAACGCUCUCAAAUUGCCGGUGGCUGACACCUCCUCUGAGAAAGCAACAUGGGUGGCCUCUCCAUCCCAUGCCUUUUAUCAUUUUGGCACCAGUGGAGCUGCUGUCGCUGCUGCUUCCAGCAUCACUCAUCCUUUAGAUCUUCUAAAGGUUAGGCUGCAAAUGCAAAUGGUUGGGCAAAGAGGCCCGUUGAUCGGCAUGAGACAACUUGGCUUAAACGUGGUAAAAACUGAAGGACUAAGAGCCUUGUACAUGGGAUUGACGCCUGGGCUAGUGAGAUCGGUUUUUUAUGGAGGUCUCCGUCUAGGCUUAUACGAACCAACGCUGCGUCUCUCUGAAAUGGCUCUUGGAUCCCCCAAUAUCUUGACCAAGGUAGUGGUUGGAGCCUUCUCUGGCGCUCUUGCAACAGCAGUCACCAAUCCGGUCGAAGUAUUGAAGGUGCGGAUGCAGAUGGGGAGAUUGACGACUAAAGGGCCGUUGCAGGAGCUGCGGAAGAUGGCUGCAGAUGAGGGCUUGACCGGCUUCUGGAAAGGGGCCGGCCCUGAAAUGACCAGAGCUGCUGUCUUCACCGCCUCACAGCUUGCUACUUAUGAUGAAACCAAGAGGCUCGUGAUGAGAUGGACUUCGCUCCACGAUGGAUUCUAUCUGCAUCUCAUUGCAAGCACCGUGGCUGGGGCUGCGAGCACCAUUGCAACGGCACCCAUCGAUGUGGUCAAGACGAGACUUAUGCUUCAACGAGAGUCCAAACUUGUUGGAAACUAUAAAAAUGGACUUGAUUGUGCUUACCAGCUUCUAAUGAAAGAAGGUCCACGAGGUUUCUACAAGGGGGCGUUUGCAUUGUUCACGAGAGUUGGCCCCCAAACAACAAUCACCUUCAUCCUCUGCGAGCAGCUACGAGAACUCGUGGGACUCAAGGCACUAUAAUAAAUCUUCAUAUGAGCUGCAGCAUCGGCUCGAUGGUUUUGUCAUCAUAUACUCUAUAAUAAAUCUUCUUAUGAGUUUGUGUUUCUCAUUCAUUCUCAUUUGAUGUUGAUUAGUUUUUACUUUUUAGCGUGUUUUUACAUGUAUUUUGUAUCCAACAGUGGAAGAUUGUCAAAACAAUAAUCUUUAAUCCCAUACAUUUCCAUGAGUAAAUUCAGUUUAAAUCAA